AUGAUGUCCGAAAUCGGGCGAAAUGUUGCUAAUCGGGCCAAACUGUGCGAUAGUAAGCGCCGACUGGACGGCCAGGUUGUGGUGAUUACGGGCGCCAACACCGGUAUCGGCAAAGAGACUGCUCAUCAAUUGGCACUGCGCGGCGCUAAAGUAAUAAUGGCCUGUCGUUCGCUGGAGAAGGGCAAGCAGGCACUGGACGACAUCCUGGCUACAAAUGAGCAUGCUAAUGUAACGCUGGCUAAAUUGGACUUGGCCUCGCUUAAAUCGGUGCGCGAGUUUGCCCAAACCAUGAUGCAACUGUACGACCAUGUUGAUAUGCUUAUCAAUAACGCCGGUGUAAUGAAUACGCCCGACGGCACCACUACUGAUGAUGGCUUCGAGGCCCAGAUUGGGACAAAUCAUUUCGGUCACUUUCUAUUGACAAUGCUAUUACUACCGAUGUUAAAAAAGUCGCCUGCUGCCCGGAUAAUUAACGUGUCGUCCGUAGUGCACAUGGCCGGAAAGAUUAACCUGGAUAACAUUAAUCUGCGCAAUGGUGCCUACUCAAAGACCAAGGGGUUUUUGCAGAGUAAACUGGCCAACGUGCUUUUUACCAGAGAGCUGGCCAGGCGUUUGGGACCAAACAGCACAGUAAACACUUAUAGCCUUCACCCGGGCGUCCAUAUAGUGGGUGACCCGCAGGCGGCCAAAGCCAUGGAGAGGCGGAUACUGUUGGGCCCGGCGGUGGCCGCGCAGACCAUACUGUACUGCGCGCUCGAGCCCUCCCUCGACAACGAGUCCGGCUUUUAUUAUGCCAAUUGUCAAAGAGUUGAUCAUAUGGUGGGUCAGGCGACCGACGAUAAGACCGGUCAGGCUCUAUGGGAUUUGAGCUGUGAGUUGAUGACCCGCGCGGCCACUGGACGAUCCAAUCGCUGCACUAGUAGUCGACGACUGGACGGCCAGACAGUGAUUAUUACGGGCGCUAACACUGGGAUCGGCAAAGAGACAGCCUAUCAGUUGUCGUUACGCGGAGCUAAAGUAAUAAUGAGCUGCCGAUCCAUUGCGAGGGGCGAAGAGGCUAUGAAUGACAUAAAGGGGAGAAAUAGUGGGGCAGACCUGACACUGUUUGAGCUGGACUUGGCUUCACUCAAGUCUGUGCGAGAGUUUGCACAACAGGUCUUACAAAACACCGAUUGUGUGGAUAUUCUGGUGAAUAACGCGGGAGUAAUGAAUACUCCCGAGUGGUCUACGGCUGAUGGGUUUGAGAUGCAGUUCGGCACUAAUCAUCUAGGUCACUUUCUAUUAACAAUGCUUUUGUUGCCAUUACUUCAAAACUCACCGAAAGCACGGGUAGUAAACGUGUCAUCCGUUGGGCACUUGGCGGGUAAAAUCCACCUUGAUAACAUAAACCUACGUGGUGGAGCGUAUAGCCCAUUUAAAGCGUACGCUCAGAGCAAACUGGCCAACGUACUAUUUACGCGUGAAUUGGCCAAACGGCUGGGACACGCCACCACAAUCAACACCUAUAGCCUACAUCCCGGUGCCGUGAACACCGAUGUAGGUCGACAUAUGGGCAUGAGUGCCAUCAGCGAGAAAGUAGCACGUACAGUAUCGUUGACACCCGAGUUGGGCGCACAAACCAGCCUUCACUGUAUUCUCACUGAGGGUCUGGACGGGGAGUCAGGCUUUUACUACUCAAAUUGUGAACGUGUUGAUAAAAUGGUACCGGCGGCAACCGAUGAGAAAAUGUCCCAGGCACUCUGGGAGUUAAGUUGCGAGCUAGUUAAUCUGGAGCCUCACCUGCGAUUCAUUGUGUCCGUCUCAGUGAAUCAGCCUUUGGGUGCUUCGUAUGCCGGUCUACCACUCAUACCGCUCACUGCCUUACCGUCGGCUCUGGAAAACGCUUUGGCCCUCGAGUUUUUGGAGGCCUUUGCGUCAGAGUUGGCCAAAGCCUUAUUGAACGCUUUAGAGACCGCUUUGGCGUCGGAGCCGCUCCCGGAGUCGGCCGAUGAGUUGGACGUCGAGCCUGAGUCCGACUCAGACGCGUCAUCAGCUGUGUCUUUGCCCAAAGGCAUCGGCGCCGCCAACGUUACGGCCGUCCACACAGACAACAACAUGAGUGUCAAAACAAUCUUCAUUUUCGAGUCGCUGAUAUGGUGUAUGGAGUAA